AAACUGUUUUACUUGCAAUGCUCGGUGAAAGCAGUGAUAUAACUUCCCGUGAAACGUUAACUCCAGUAUUUCAUGAACCAGAAUCAUUUGAUUUCUUUUCCUCAGAGCUACCCGACAUUGGGUCAUCUGAUUUAUUUAAUCCACAAGAGAGACAUAUAAACCCUAAAUCAAUAGAUUUAGAUAUUGCUAAUGCAUUAUCUAUAUUAGAAAAUAUGUCUGAUUGUGAGGCAGAAGAUAUUGAACAGACUGCACCGUCGCCAUCAUCAGUAGCAGAAGAAUCAUGGGGAGAGCCGACACAACAAUCACCUGUUUAUGAUAGUGAUGAUGAUGAUGACGACGACAUGGCUCGAGAGGCCUUAUCCAAAAUGUUGGCAAUUUAUUCAUAG